AUGUGCCACUUUCAGGUCUCCUCACACUGCUGGUGGGUUCCAUUUUGUCAUAGGGUGCUGGCAGAUUACGGGCCUCCCAUUGCUGCUGCCAGGCCCGUAAUCUGCCAUGGGCCCCCGUACCGCCUCCUCAUGCUGCUGCCAGGUCCAGAGUGUCUCAUGGGUCCCUGUACGGCCUCCCAUUGCUGCUGUCUCCAUCGCCACACUCUGCCAUGUGCCACUUUCAGGUCUCCUCACACUGCUGGUGGGUUCCAUUUUUGUCAUAGGGUGCUGUAUGGCCUCCCAUUGCUGCUGCCUCCACCGCCACACUGUGGCUCCACACUCUGGUUUUGGCCCCGUGACUGCCCAAAAUGAGUGAAGUGUGCGGUGAUUCUAAGAUCGACGGCACUCAUCUGCAUGUCAUACUG